CGCUAAAUCAGCUACCAUCUUGUUCUAGUGGAUCUCGUUGGUUAAAGAGUGGAAAUUGGAAGAACCCUAACGAUUUCAGUCAUCACUCCAACGGACACUCGCUUUCGCAGUUAGCGGCUCUCUCAUUUCCCCGCCUGCCAGGUCCUAAAGCGCGCGCCUUUCCGCCAUAGACGAGCUCUGCAAGCUGUGAUACACUUCUGGUAUAUAAAAAAAAAUCUCUUCUUGCUUCACUUCCAUCUCCUUAGCUGUUGAUUUUUUCGACAAUGGUUUUUCGUAUCUUUUCCCUUUCUCCCUUGUAGGCAGAAGAUGACGACUUCCAGACAAGGUGUUACUCUGAUGUGUUACUGGAACGGGAGGAUGGCAAAUGGACCAAACGGGAUACUGUACGAAGGAGCUACACCGAAGCCCAUUAGGGUCGGCUGCGAGAUGAAGUACGAGGAAUUGCUCGACAAGAUUUACAUAAUCACAGGAUUCGACAAGCUGCAGUUUGCUCUGAAGAUCAUUUGUCGGUAUCCAGCUUGCAGAGAAUUCAUACCAGUCCCCAUAGAGGACAACGAGUCGAUAGAUAUUGUUUUCGAUGUCGCUCGGCAGCCCGAAACUAACUGCUUGGAACUGUAUGUGGAGAAAGUGCCAAUCACUACAGACGACCAAGCAAAUGCCAGUGCUGAGGCACUGCUGCAAGUGAAUGAUGAAGUUGGAGUGUUCUCUGAGGAUAAUCAGUUAUUAAGUGGUGAUGCUAUGGCGAUAGAAGUUGAUGAGCAAGCACUCGUUGGAGCAUUAGAUUGCAGUUAUGGUGUAGCUUCAGUUGAGACCAAUGAGAAUGGGCUACAACAUGUUGAUAAUCACAGAGUAGAGAGCCGUGCUUCAAAGGGUACUGCUGGCAGAUCAAGGGAUGUCAAGAAACAAAGACCAGCAGAAGCAGUCGAAUGGAAUGCUGGUGCUUAUAGCUUUUUGGAUCCUGGGCCAAUCGACAAAUCCGUGCUUGUGUUACAGGGCCAACAUAGAUCUGAAGCUAUAUGGAAUGGGCAAGACCCUGGUGUAGUGAAAUGCAGACAGAUGUCUGGUUCAAUGAUGCGAGACUGGAAAUUUGAUCCACGUCUUCGUCCGUAUUUGAUCCAAUCCGGAUUCCACGAGUUUCAUAAGCUUGGGUUUAUCCCACUAGAUUGGCCUUUGCUGACUGCAUUAGUCGAACGAUGGAGACAGGAGACACACACCUUCCAUUUACCAGUUGGGGAGAGCACCAUAACCCUACAGGAUGUUGCAGUGCUGCUAGGUCUUAGGGUACAUGGUCCUGCUGUGACAGGCAAAAGUGACCUUCAGUGGGAUGAACUCUGUGAAGAGUUGUUGGGAGUUAAACCAGAUCCAGGCGUUCUUCAUGGUUCAACCGUCAAGCUCAGCUGGUUAAGAACCCACUUAAGGGAGCCUCCACCUGAUGCUGAUGAAGAAACAUUACUGCGUUAUGCUAGGGCGUACCUUCUAGGGUUGAUUAGUGGCGUUCUUUUCACAGAUAAGUCUGGAUCAGCCAUCCAGCUGAAAUUCCUUCCUCUGCUGAGGGACUUAUCAUGUACUGGACAGUUAAGCUGGGGCAGUGCCACGUUGGCGUUUCUUUAUCGGGAACUCUGUCGUGCUAGUAAGACAGGUGCUAGUGAGAUGUCUGGCCCUCUUAUUCUGUUGCAGUUAUGGGCAUGGGAGCACUGGCAUUUUGGCCGUCCUGAGAAAUUCGGUGUGCAGAUGCACACUGCAUCUGCUUCUGAAAGCAAGGUAUUAGGUGAGGAGCUGUCUGUUGCUGCGGCUGCCAGAAUCAAUGAGGAUCCAUUAUCGCCUGGUCCAUUAGGAUCUAGGUGGAGGUCUCCUGUGAUUCGCAGAGAUAACCCAAUCAGAGCAUUAUUCUUGUAUCGAGACCAAAUCGAUCAACAAACAGAAGAUCAGAUGAUAUGGCAGCCAUACACAUCUGAACUACUAGCCACACUACCUGAUAUAUGCUUAAGAGAUCAGCAAGUCUGGCGAACAGUUGCUCCUCUCAUUUGCUUUGACAUUAUAGAAUGGCACCACCCUGAACGAGCUUUACGCCAGUUUGGUCUCCGGCAAGGGAUUCCUGAGCACUGUGAUACGGACUCCAAACUGCAUGCAAUCGAUAGACGAGGAAAGCAUACCCAUGACUGGGAGCAUUACCAUCGACGGUAUCUCGAUCUAUGGGAAGCUCGUGAGGCCACCAUUGUUGGCGGGGAGCCGGAAGAAGGACCCAUGCAGUAUCAUGAUCCUUACAUGGAGUGGUACAGGAGAAUUACUCGUCGCCUCAUAACCCCCUUAACUCAAAGAUCGCACAAGUGCUUUCAGCCUGCUAGUGGAACAUCCCAUUUACUAGUUCAGAGUUUGACAAACAUCCAUUCCCAGUGCACCAAUGCUCUCGACUCCUUUUCGAGCGACGAAGCAAUGCGAACCCUGCAAGGUAUUCAGGCCGUGUGCAACCGUGUAUUGGAGUUGAUUGGUGAGACUCGACAUCUUCAGUUAAGACCUACAGACGAGGAGACUACAACUACUAGUACUACUUACUCAAGGCCACCAUCUACAGCAGACAGAGCUUCGCAGCGGAACUAUGAGAAACCUGGACCUUCUUCAUUAGCAUCAGUAAAAGCUAAAAGAUCGAAGAAUGAGUCUUCGAAAAGGCGAGGGAGAAGCAAAGACGACGACAAUAGUGGCCAGGAUGCCCAAGCGGAAGCAGAAGCAACAACAGUGACAUUCGUAGUGCAUGAUGUGAAGAAUGGAGUGGAGGAUGAAUCACAGUGCAUGAGUUCAGAAGAAUCUCCAGCAAAUUCAGAGGCAGCUGUGGCUUCGCUAAAGAUUGACUCAAACGAGUUGCUUCAGCCACAAGAAACUGAGUCCGGACCCAGAAGUGAUACUUGCACUCCAAAUAAGAAGAGAAAGUCUGAAAACUGCAAUGGUGAAACAUAGGCUAUAUAUGUUGAUUCCUUUCAAACUAUGUUUCUGUCACUGAGCUGAAUUACUCCCAUGUAUCAUGUGGAAGAAAUUUUAAAAUUUGGCCAUAAAGGUCCCUGUUGCUGUGUUACACUACAAUCCUCAAAAGUAUAAGGAGCCCAUAAUAAAAAAGGAAAGGUAUGAGGACCACAACUGGAAAAAGAAAAGAAGGAAAAGAAA